CUCGGGGGUUUGUCUCGGUCUAUUGUGCGGUAACGGCUGCUCAUUGUGUACUGAGCUGGGAAAAGCCUGUACUCCACCGCACGCGCGUUAUACGUUACUACUAAUUAGUUUAAAUGUUUCAAAUCUUUUAAAUCUCUUUUGAUGUAGCUCAUCGUCACCUGUUUGAAAUCUAAUGACUGAGCAGUUUUGUUUGGUGAGAGGGAACAGCGCACCAGUGUACUCGUAGACACACACACAUCGCUUCAUGGAGACGACUGAAACAUGAAAUAAAACGUACACUACAAACUGAUCCAACUCUUCUGGAGAUCAGUUCGCUUUCAGCCCCUCAGUGAUACCAUGCAGCUUAGCAAAAGAUGACGGACAUAAAUCAUGAGCAUAUAACGGAAAUUGGAAAGCAUGUGGACAAAACCCUGGAAUGGACCUACAUUGAAUGGCACGAUGAGGACAUGGCCAAAACCGCGGAUGCUCACACGCAAACCUUUCAGGAGCAAACCGUGGACAAAGAGACCCAAACGAGCAAUCCAUUCCUGAUGCGGAUCGAGUUGUCCAGGACCCCUUCUAGACUGAGAUGUGGCUCGCUGGGUGAGGUGGAAACCAUGCCGACACCUUUAUUUCAGUUUGACAGACAGGCACCUGCUCGCAUCUCCACAUCUCCCACUCUGAGGAGGAUGAGGAGCACCAGGAUUCCUUGUCGUGAUGUAGGCAGGAUAGAGAGCACUCAGGAGGAGCCUAGCGUGAGUGAGUCUCCAUCACCGAGGAGCCCUCUGUCACCUUCACACCGUCAGAAAUCUCCCCAUCCUACCACUGUGAAUGAGUCUAAUGGGGACAGUCAGCAGGACGGUCACUCAAAUGAUUUGUUGACUUCCGGGAGCAUCAGAUCUUACAGAUCAAAGACAAUUAGCAGCCAUGUUCUUUAUUCAAAGCAAGAGUUUCUAACUGUGAAUGAAUGCUCUGAUAUUGAUUAUGAUUCUGACAAGGUGAAAGAUCCAAGUCAUAAAAGCAGGCUGCAGGAAAGGAGGCGAAGCUCCGUGGUGGUCACUCUUCCUGGAAUGGACGUUUCUCCUGGUGAUCUUUUCGUCUCCAAUGGUGCCGUCGACAUUUUAAACCGCUCCACGUUAACAGAAACGAAGAAACCAAAGUGGCCUUUUUCAAAGCGUACUAUGAGCAAAGGCAGGACACGCACAGCUGGAGACAUCGAAAAAUGUCUCAUAGCCAUUCAGAUCCAAGAAUGGAGGAACACACAUUUUCAACAGUACAAGGAUUUGACUUUGGAGGAGUUCCUGAGAAGUAAGCCUGAGCUGAGAGCAGAAGAGGAGCCAAAAGCAUACAAACGACAGGAGACCCUCUGGGAGCUCUUCACCAGCGAGUGUGUGUACUUCCUAGACCAGUUAAUGGUGCUGAAAGAGGUAUUUCAGACCACUCUGUCAGAGCUGCAGAUUAGGGAGUGUCUACUAGAUAUUGAUUCUUGGGCACUGUUCGCCAACCUCAAUGAGCUGUGCCUGGUUAGCUUUGGUUUCCUGACCAGUCUACUGGGGGUAAUUAAAGAGCUAUGGGCAACUCCAGAGCCUCCAGAAAGCACUCCAGAAACCAACAGCACAGAGGCCCUGCUGGCUAUUCUCAGAAAGGCUUUUGGUGAAGGCAUUUGUCACUGUCUGCAGAAAUACUGCAUGAACUACACCAAAGCCAUCCACUAUUUAGACACCCUGAAAGCCAGGGAGGACUUCAGCUCCUAUGUGAAGUGGUGCGAAAGAAAAGAACAGUGCCGCAGGCUGCAGUUAAAGGAUCUGCUAGUGUCCCCUUUGCAGAGGUUUACGCGUUACCCCCUUAUCCUGAAGAACAUGGAGAAGAGGAGCUGCACCGAGGCGGAGGAGAGCGCCUUACAGAGCGUAGUGGAGCUGGUGGACAGAGCCAUAUAUGAUCUGGAGGGCAAGGUGAAGUGGUUGGAUAACUAUCAGAAAGUCAAACAGCUGAAGGAAGCCUUGGUCUGGCUCCCAGUGUGGGAAAGAGAGAAGAGAGCACAUGUUCCAGAGAAUCUAAAACACUUGCUGAAAACCGUGAGUUUGGAGAACCUGGUCACUCAACGCAGUCUCCGACACGAGGGGAAGCUCACACUCACUGAGAAUGCAAAGCUGAACGAUGUUUACGUGUUUCUGUUUGACGAAUUCCUCCUGAUCACCAAGGUCAAACGAAAUAAAAAGAGGUCUGUAGCUGGGGAGAUGUAUCCUGCUCGCACUGCAGCUGGCCUGGAGCUGGAGCAGUUACUGCACGAGGGCUGCACCUUCACUGUGCUGGAUCAACCCAUCUCACUAGAUCGCCUGCAGAUCAGGAACAUAGACCAGUUUAACGCAACAGCCUCUGGCCUGCCCUGUUCCUUCAUUAUAAUGCACCAGAAUCGCUAUCAGCAGUGCAUCGGCGUCUUCAUUCUGCAGGCCCCGACCGAGUCCGUUAAGAAAGCAUGGCUGUCUGAGAUCGAGGAGGCGGUCGGCGCUCUGCUGAAGCGGGACUCUCAGCAGCCUCGGCUGAAAAACUCUUCUCUCUACGUGGAGUCUUCUCAGAUCUAACUCCAUUACACACUCAGAAUCUGUCGUCCCUAAUGUCAGUACUGCUGCCUGAUAACAUCACAUGACUUGGACUAAGAUUUUGGGUUUCUAUUUGACUGGAUCCCUGCUUGGCUGUAGAGUCUCAUAUUCUACCCUCAGAUUCAUGUUAAUCCAUUUGAGUAGGUUUAUUCAGGUCAGGCAGCAGUGUAGGUGUAAAGUCCACUGGGUCACAAAUCACACAAAUAGAUACGUAGCUGCAAACUCUGAACUAUUGCUGUAACCUGACACCCACUGAGAACUAAAUGUGCCAGAGGGAUGGAGUAUUACAGUGCUGUAAUUCAUCCACUUGUCGUAUGUUUUGUGUUCCUUUACUUCCUUUUUUUAAUUAAACUUUGCUUUAAAACUGAAACUAUCUGGUCUGUUGAUUUAAACUGGUAAAGGUACCAUUUAUAGCAGUGGCCUGUAAUGUGCUUUAUGGGA